UAUUCUAACAGAUGAGUAUGACGGGCAGCAGGGAGCAGGACUAGAGUCACUAGUCUCUCUUCAGUGUUGGAUGAAACUAGUUGGUAUUCAGAAUGUCUCCAUAGUAGAACCCUACAUCGAAAGCUCAACCCUCGGAGGGCAGAGGAUACCCAGCAGCAACAUUAGGUUCAGAGAUUUGUUUGAUUUGGAGGCGUUCAACCGCAUCUCACGUGCU